GAGCAAAUGUCCCCACCAAAAUUCCGCAGUUCAUUCUUCCGGAAACCUUCCUUUCAGCCAAACAACCGCUCUGCCUGCCCCCCCGUUGCCGUCGACGCUGCAGGCGUACGUCGGGCCCAAUUGAGCCCUCACGCGCAGUCUGAGAACCAUGGCAGGUACUAGCGGGUCCGAUCCCACGCGGAUCGCCAUUCUCGGCAAAGAAGACAUCAUUGUCGACCACGGCAUUUGGCUGAGCUUCGUGACUCACGACCUGCUGCAGAAUCUCUCAUCGUCCACCUACGUCCUCAUCACCGACACAAACCUCUUUCCCCUUUACGGCCCAGCCUUCCAGGCUGUCUUUGAGAAGGCUGCCCCGAAAGAUGUUCGCCUGCUCACUUACGCCAUCCCGCCCGGCGAGUACUCCAAAGGCCGCGAGACUAAAGCCGAGAUUGAGGACUGGAUGCUGUCGCACCAAUGUACCCGCGACACCGUCAUUAUCGCUCUUGGCGGCGGCGUCAUUGGUGACAUGAUCGGAUACGUCGCUGCCACCUUUAUGCGCGGCAUCCGUUUCGUGCAGGUUCCGACUACGCUUCUCGCCAUGGUUGAUUCCUCCAUUGGCGGGAAGACGGCCAUCGACACCCCCAUGGGCAAAAACCUGAUUGGCGCUUUCUGGCAACCGCGCCGCAUAUACAUCGACCUUGAGUUUCUCGAGACGCUGCCGGUGCGCGAGUUCAUCAAUGGCAUGGCCGAGGUAAUCAAGACGGCCGCCAUCUGGAACGAGACCGAGUUCACCGCCCUCGAGGAGAACGCCACGGCGAUCCUCGAAGCCAUUCGAUCCAAAUCGACGGGUGCUGCCGGUCGCCUCGCACCAAUACGCCACAUACUCAAGCGCAUUGUUCUAGGAUCCGCUCGCGUCAAGGCUGAAGUGGUGUCGUCGGACGAGCGAGAGGGUGGAUUGCGCAACCUGCUCAACUUUGGCCACUCGAUUGGCCAUGCCUAUGAGGCCAUACUCACCCCACAGGUCCUCCACGGCGAAUGCGUCGCCAUUGGAAUGGUCAAGGAGGCUGAAUUGGCCCGUUUCUUGGGCGUUCUCCGACCUGGUGCUGUUGCCCGCUUGACCAAGUGCAUCGCGAGCUACGAGCUGCCCACAUCACUCCAGGACAAGCGCAUUGUCAAGUUGACGGCCGGCAAGGAGUGUCCGGUUGAUGUCUUGCUACAAAAGAUGGCUGUGGACAAGAAGAACGAAGGCCGGAAAAAGAAGAUUGUGUUACUCUCGGCCAUUGGGAGGACCUACGAGCCCAAAGCGAGCGUAGUUGAAGACCGAGCUAUCCGAAUCAUCCUCUCACCCUCCAUCCGCGUCUUCCCGGGUGUUCCCCAAAAACUCUCUGUCAGCGUGACACCCCCGGGCUCCAAGAGCAUCUCGAACCGCGCUCUUGUUUUGGCCGCCCUCGGGGAGGGUACAACGCGCAUUCACGGUCUCCUGCACUCGGAUGAUACUCAAUACAUGUUGACUGCCAUCGCUCAGCUCCGAGGCGCAACUUACUCCUGGGAGGAUGCCGGAGAAGUCCUUGUCGUCAAGGGCAAGGGCGGGAAGUUGCAGGCCAGCGAUGAGCCCCUGUACCUGGGCAAUGCGGGCACUGCAUCGCGAUUCCUCACAUCUGUUGUUGCGCUCUGUUCGCCGUCCACGGUGUCUUCCACCAUCCUCACCGGCAAUGCGAGAAUGAAGGUGAGGCCUAUUGGUCCGCUUGUGGACGCCCUCCGCUCGAACGGCGUGGGUGUCAAAUAUCUUGAGAAAGAAAAGAGCUUGCCGGUGCAAGUAGAUGCUGCCGCAGGAUUCGCUGGUGGCGUGAUCGAGCUGGCUGCCACUGUCUCCUCACAGUACGUCUCGUCCAUCUUGAUGGCCGCCCCUUAUGCGCACAAGCCCGUCACUCUGCGACUAGUAGGCGGCAAGCCGAUUUCCCAGCCUUACAUCGACAUGACCAUUGCUAUGAUGGCCUCUUUCGGAAUCAAUGUCCAGAGAUCAUCCGAGGACGCCAACACCUAUUUUAUUCCCCAAGGUGUUUACAGGAACCCGGCCGAUUAUGUCAUUGAAAGCGACGCUAGCUCGGCGACCUACCCCUUAGCUGUCGCUGCUAUAACCGGUACAACGUGCACCAUACCGAACAUUGGUUCCAAGUCACUUCAGGGAGACGCCCGCUUCGCUGUCGAAGUACUUCGGCCCAUGGGUUGCACUGUAGAGCAGACCGACACGUCGACCACCGUCACUGGCCCGCCGAUCGGCACACUCAAGGCAAUCAAACACGUCGAUAUGGAACCAAUGACGGACGCUUUCCUAACAGCCUCAGUGCUUGCCGCCGUCGCCUCUGGGACUACUCAAAUCACGGGGAUUGCCAAUCAACGUGUCAAGGAGUGCAACAGGAUAGCGGCUAUGAAAGACCAGCUAGCCAAGUUUGGAGUUCACUGUACCGAGCUGGAGGACGGCAUCGAGGUGAUAGGGAGACCAUACAAAGAACUACAAAACCCCAGCGACGGCAUCUACUGCUACGACGACCAUCGCGUGGCCAUGAGCUUUGCUGUCCUGUCGACUCUGUCUCCUCAUCCGGUGCUCAUUCUUGAGCGCGAGUGCACCGCCAAAACCUGGCCGGGUUGGUGGGACAUCAUGUCCCAGUCGUUCGGUGUGCACCUGGAAGGAGAAGAGGAUCCGCAUGCGAAGCACACUGCGAAGACUCCGGUUUCAACCAGUGACCGAUCUAUCUUCAUUAUUGGAAUGCGUGGCGCAGGAAAGUCUACGGCUGGCCGGUGGGUGUCAGAGCUCCUCAAGCGACCUCUGGUGGAUCUGGAUGUUGAGCUGGAGAGGAGAGAAGGAAUGACGAUUCCUGAUAUCAUUCGCGGUGAACGAGGCUGGGAAGGAUUCCGGAAGGCCGAGCUUGAUCUCCUCGAGGAUGUGAUCAAGAACCAGUCCAAGGGCUACAUCUUCUCCUGUGGCGGCGGAAUCGUCGAGACGGAGGAGGCACGUAAGCUGCUUAUCUCGUACCAGAAGAAUGGUGGCUGCGUUCUCCUUGUCCACCGCGAUACCGACCAAGUCGUCGAGUAUCUUCUGAGGGACAAGACACGCCCGGCCUACUCGGAAAAUAUCCGUGAGGUCUACUUGCGCCGCAAACCGUGGUUCCAGGAGUGCAGCAACUUCCAGUACCACAGUCCGCACCAGGACGGCUCCAAGGUCCUGCUUGAAGCUCCGGCGGAUUUCAGCCGCUUUUUAUCCGUGAUUUGCGGCCAAUCUACAUUCUGGGAGGAGGUCGUUGCCAAGACGCAUUCCUUUUUCGUUUCACUGACAGUUCCUAAUGUUUCUGCCGCGAUCGGUAUCAUUUCCCAGGUGGUUGUGGGGUCUGACGCUGUAGAGUUGCGCGUAGACUUACUGGAGAGUUACGAACCGGAGUUUGUCGCUACCCAGGUUGCGCUCCUUAGGUCCGCAGCAGAGAUUCCCAUCGUUUAUACGGUGCGCACUGCCAGCCAGGGAGGUAGAUUUCCCGACAACGACUACGAGCUGGCUCGCCAACUGUACCACAUUGGCUUGCGGACCGGAGUGGAGUUCCUUGACCUAGAGUUGACCAUGCCGGACGACAUCCUACAGGAAGUGAGCGAAUCAAAGGGCCCUACCCGCAUCAUUGCUUCGCACCAUGACCCGCAGGGUCAGCUGUCGUGGAAGAAUGGAAGCUGGAUCCCGUUCUACAACAAAGCGUUGCAAUACGGGGAUGUCAUCAAGCUUGUGGGCGUGGCUCGUGACAUCGCCGAUAACUUUGCCCUGGUGAACUUUAAGGAAAAGAUGCUGGCGGCUCACGACAAACCUAUGAUCACGCUAAACAUGGGCACUGCAGGAAAACUCAGCAGGGUGCUCAAUGGCUUCAUGACGCCAGUCUCUCACCCGGCACUACCUUACAAGGCAGCCCCAGGGCAGCUGUCAGCUACCGAGAUCCGGCAGGCCUUGGCCCUCAUCGGCCAGCUAGAACCCAAGUCGUUCUACCUUUUUGGGAAGCCUAUUAGCUCCUCGCGCUCGCCAGCACUACAUAACACGCUGUUCGGCGCAACUGGGCUUCCCCAUCAGUACUCGCUCUUUGAGACGGACGCCGUUUCUGAUGUGCUUGACAUUAUUCGAUCCCCAGACUUCGGCGGCGCCUCCGUGACCAUUCCACUCAAGUUGGACAUCAUGUCCCUCUUAGACCAAAUCUCAGAUGCCGCACGAGCCAUUGGCGCAGUCAACACCAUAAUUCCGUCGCCCAGCCGCAGCAGCAGCGGGGAGAAAUCCACGAUCCUCGUUGGAGAAAACACUGAUUGGCUCGGCAUGGUCUUCUCGCUGCGGUCAGCCGGCAUCGUGAAGCGGAGACAGGCGACUUCCGGGUCCGCCAUGGUGGUGGGUUCGGGCGGGACCACCCGCGCCGCUAUCUACGCCCUUCACUACCUCGGCUACUCACCAAUCUACGUCGUGGCACGGACGCCGGAGCGCGUCAAGGAACUCGCCAACGGAUUCCCGGAGGCGUACAAGAUCCAGUGGCUGUCCACGCCGGAGCAGCUCACCACUGGCACCGAGGGGCUUCCCUCGGUUAUCAUCAGCACCAUACCCGCGGACAAGCCCAUCGACCAGGGCAUGCGCGAGGUGCUUGUUACCGCGCUGAGGCAUACGGUCGAAGGAGGCGCCGUGGAGCCCGGAGCCCGUGUGCUGUUGGAGAUGGCGUACACGCCGAGGCUCACACCGCUGAUGCAGCUGGCCGAGGAUGCCGGCUGGAAGACCAUCCCCGGGCUGGAGGUGCUUGCCUCGCAGGGAUGGUACCAGUUCCAGCUUUGGACGGGGAUCCGGCCGCUCUAUGCGGACGCUCGGGCUGCUGUGAUGGGGGACGAGGUUGACCAUUAGCGGGCUGUGCCGUUUAACUCGGCGGGUUUCAGCUUGGAGAGUAUCCGCCGAGCGAGAUGGGAACAUGAGAUAGAUCUGCCGCUUUAGGACCAAAACUGCCCUAGAGAUAGGGCAAAAAAAUUGUUUUCCGGGCGAUGCCUUAGAACAGCAUACGUACUGCGUCUCACGCAGUAUUCGCGCAUCUUGGGCACUGUACUUUGCAAU